AUGUUUUACUACCCCACUGUGCUUCAGCGCCACACGGGCUGCUUCUCUACCAUCUGGCUGGCAGCUACGCGCGGCAGCCGCUUGGUGAAGCGGGAAUACCUGCAGGUCAAUGUGGCGAAGACCUGUGAGGAAAUCCUUCAAUAUGUGAUGGUUCGAGUGGAGCCCCCACGGCCUGGCCUCCCGCGGCCCCGCUUCUCCCUGUAUCUCUCAGCCCAGCUCCAGAUGGGUGUAAUCCGAGUCUACUCUCAGCAAUGCCAGUACCUUGUGGAGGACAUUCAACAUAUCUUAGAACGCCUGCAUAGAGCCCAGAUGCAUAUCCGCAUCGAUAUGGUAGAGCCUGACCUACCCAGACUGCUGCCUAACCGCCUAGCCGUGAUGAAGUCCCUGGAAGAUGCUCCUGAUCCCUUUUUUGGAAUGAUGUCUGUGGAUCCCCAACUUCCCAGCCCCUUUGAGAUCCCUCAGAUUCGACAUCUCUUAGAGGGUGUGACCCCAGAGAGGAUUGUUGAGGCGAUACCCCCUGAGGUCACUACAGAGCCCAAGAAGCCAGACAGGAUGCCAAGCACUGUGCUCUCUCCUGAGGCCAUCACCCUCCAGGAAGCGGAGCCCAUACACAUGCUACAAAUAGAGGGUGAACAGGACCUUCCAGAGGUCAGCCGCCAAGACCUUGACCUGCUGAUGGCCGAGGAAGAUGAAGCAAUCUUGUUAGAGGAGCGUCGCCAUGCCAGGCCUCUUCGGGAGCGCAGAGCCCGCCCAGCACCAGAUGUGUCCAAGGAAGAACCCAGAGCCCCGGAGGGUGAAGCCCCAGUGCCCCCGCUUUCACCUCCAGCUCCUGUACAAGUUGAAGGGGCAGCAGAGCCACUUCCAAGUGAGGUGUUGGGCCCUGAAGAGCUGAAGCCCACGCCAUGGGAGCCAGGGGCUCUGCUCACUGAAGUGACUCCUCCACAAGAGCUGCAUCUGCCAGCCCCACCUAGUCCUGAGCGUAAGAGGCCCCCAGCCCCCCCAUCUCCAGAGAGCCCGCCUGCUCGCCGCCGCCGCCGCCAGUUACUUUUCUGGGACAAGGAGACCCAGAUCUCCAGGGAGAAAUUCCAGGAACAACUGCAAACCAAAGCCCACUGCUGGGAGUGUCCCAUGGUGCAGCCCCCUGAGAAGACAACUAUGAGCCCUGCUGAGCUGUUCCAAACUCCAACUCACACUGGCUGGCUACCCCCAGAACUACUGGCUCUCUGGACCCACUGUGCCCAGGUGCCCCCACGGGCACUCAGACGCAGACCGCCUCCAGAGCCUGAGGAGGCUGCUGAAAGGGAGGCAGCACCUGAGGAAGAAAGAAGAAAGACUGAAACUCUGAGUGAAAUUGAGGACCUCAGAGAGGCCCAGGAACCCAGUGGUCCCCUUAUGCUGUCUUCAGAGCUCUCUCUAGAAGCUGCUGAGGAAGAGAAGUCCCGCACUAGCCUCAUCCCUCCAGAAGAGCGGUGGGCCUGGGCUGAGAUGGAGCAGCCAGAGCCUCCUGCAUUGCCCGUUGUGCCUGAACUCCCCGAAGUGCCUAUGGAGCUGCCUUUGGAACUGCCUCCAGAGCCAGAGCUGGUCUCGCUGGAGGCUGUGCACAGGGCAGUGGCACUGGAACUACAGGCCAAAAGAGAACCUGACUUCAGCAGCCUGGUGCCACCUCUGAGUUCCCGCAGAACAGCUGCUCGGGUUUUCUACCUACUCCUGGUGCUCUCAGCACAGAAGAUCCUUCGUGUGGAACAGGAGCGGCCGUAUGGACGCCUCUUGAUAAAGCCAGGACCCAGAUUCCACAGCAGUUAG